UAGUUUUGUUUUGCACAAAUAACAAAGGAAAAGAUACUCUGUUUUUAAUAUCAGAAUCUCCCCCUGUUUUUGUUUCUUCUCUCUUCCUCUCCCAUGGCAGCACCACCACCACGACAUUCUCUGCCAUUUCUUCUACAUAUCUCUCUCCCCAUUCCCUCUCUCUUCCUCUUCCUCCUCCUCUUUGUCCCCUGUUCCGUCCACAGCUCCGUCUGUGGCAACCUCGAAAUCCCCUUCCCCUUCUCCCUAAACACCACCAUUCAUCCCUCAAUACCCGACCCCUUUCUUCUCUACUGCCUCAACUCCACUUCCCUCUUCCUCAACCUCACUCUCCAAUCUUACCGCAUCCUCCAAUUCCUCUCCGAUGCCGUUCUAGUCGACUUCCCCGGCCCCUCUCCCUGCCGCCAUUACAACGAUUUCAACUCAUUUUCCCCUGUUUCUCAUAGCCCAUUUUUCGCCAUCUCCGACGACAACCUUUUCGCUCUCUAUGACUGUAAUGAUUCAUCUCUUUGUAAACCCACUUGCCAAAACCUUGUGUUACCUUCGUGUGACUCGAAUUAUCCGCCGGCGUGCUGUUACCCGUUGAGUGAUCGUAGUUUGUGGAGAAACAGAGGGGAUUUUUCUGUGUUUUCGAAGAUGGGAUGCAGGGGAUUCUCGAGCUGGGUGUUUGAGAAAGGGUGGAGGAUGGGGAAAAGAGGAGUGAAAUUGGAAUGGGGACUUCCGAGGAACUUGACGAGUUGUGAUGAGAAUGGAUUCGUUGUUAAUGCUACGAAUGUUAGUGAUGGAGUUCGUUGUUCUUGCUCUGAUGGCUUUGUUGGCGAUGGCUAUGCCAAUGGAUUUGGCUGCUUCAAAUCUUGUGUUAAGAAUGGACGUCAAGAGUAUGGUAGUAGUUGUAAUACUAAACAACGUCGUGAGAAGGAACUUGUUAUCUUUACAGGAGUUCUUGCUCCUCUAUUCAUUAUAGCCUCUUUGGUUGGACUUUUUUGCAUACUAAAACGACCAAUCAAACAAACCACACUUAACUCUUCCCAUACCAAUGCUUUGCUCCAAAAGGCUUGCAGGACUCGUUUAUUCACUUACCAUGAGCUACAACAAGCCACUAGAGGAUUUGAGGACAAUGCUAAGCUUGUCGAUAGUCGAAACGGAGCAAUCUUCGCUGGAGUGCUCGGAGAUGGAUCAAGAGUAGUCGUGCAUCGGCUGCAAUGCGAAAACAAAGCUGAUGUUAUGAAUGUCCUAUCCCAGAUUGAGGUUUUGUAUGUACUUGCACACAAACAUGUCGCACACAUACUUGGUUGUUGCAUCGACCCUGACAACCCUCCGUUGGUCGUUUAUGAGCAUCCUGAUAACGAUAGGUUGGAGAAACAUUUGCAUCAUCAGAAAGGAAUCAAACAAACGCUCGAUUGGUAUAGAAGAUUGAAAAUUGCUACUGAGACAGCUAGUGUUCUUGCAUUCCUACAAUGUGAAGUGUCUCCCCCAAUUUUCCACAACCAUCUCGAAUCAUGUCAUAUCUUUCUCGACACGAAUUUCUCUAGUAAAGUUUUGGGAUUUGGGUUACUAAGCUCUCCAACCGAAGACAAAUCUCACCCUCUUGAAGCAUCAUCAUUCCACAACAAUGACGUUUAUGACUUUGGAGUUGUGUUACUUGAAAUGGUAACAGGGUUAAAGAAUUCAGAUCUCCCAAUGGUAGCAUUGCAAAAGAUUAGAAUUGGAAAGUUAGAAGAGGUCGUGGAUCCACUUUUAUACUAUCACGAGAAACCUCCCCAAAUCAAAGAGCAGAUAGAAAUAGUAGCUGAUCUUGCCACAAGAUGCUUGCUUUUCGGGCGAGACGGGAAGUUGCGAAUGAGUGAUGUUUCAAAGGAAUUAACGCACCUAAUGAAAGAAAACGUCGUCUUUGUCGACGGAGGCAGCAUGCGAAGGCCUACAAUAGAGGAAACUUUCUCCAACUCAAGCCUCCUUCAAAUGAUAUCAAUGUCUCCCGACUCAAUCCUUGCUCCAUGAAGAAGUUUAAUUAAAAAAAAAAAGAAAAACAUGCUAGUUUCUACCUAUCAAAAUACCUUUCUUUUUCUUCUCUUUGAAAGUGCUUGUUGAUUGAUGAGAACUUUGCAUUGGUUGUUUGGAAUUUAAUUUGAAGAUACAUAUCUUAGUAUC